CCGACACACAUGUGAAAGACAGUUCAAAAAAUACAAAUUUAUCCUUUGUCAUUUUAGCUAUACAAUAAAUAAUAUACUCGUCGGUUUAAACUCAUUAGCUAACUUUUCAAAACAACAUAGACAAUUUUCAUGAUAAUGACAUAUGUGACGUGUCGCCAAUUUUACAUUUUAGAUUUUAUAAUAACAAUUUUUCCAAUUUAGCGUGACAUUUAUGAUAUUACAACAUAGAUAGUUUAGGAAGAGCGAUGCUACAUGGACACCAUAUGUUUCUUUCACAACCUCGGGAUCUAUAACUUCAUUCAAUCAUCAAUUUCUUAAGGAACAAAACAAUCAAUUAUCUUCAUUCUAUAUCGAUUAUUUUUCGAUUUAUAAAUGGAACGAUGAAAAUGGAAUAAUAUGGAAAAUAAAAGUGAUGAAGUUCAAUUUUUGGAUCAGAGGGAUGACAUUAAUAAUUACGGAACAGUAGAUGAAGAUGAACUUCAAAAUGUAGAUGAAAUUAAGAUGAAAAAGGCAAAAGAUGAUAGUGUAAUGGCUACGAAUUCUAGUUGUUUAAAGUGCAAAGGAUGUUACGUUCCAAAACGAUUUGUUGUGACAGCUAUGACCUCAUUGGGAAUGCUCUUAACCUAUGCCAUGAGGUCUAAUUUCGGAGUAACAGUGAUAACCAUAUUAGAUAAUAGUGCUCAUAUGAAAGUACACGAAGAUGCAAUGUUUAACUUACCAACAGUGCAAUGGGAUACCAGAGAGAUUGGGUUUCUACAUGCUGUAUUUUAUAUUGGAUACAUAAUAACACACAUUCCGGGUGGCUAUCUGACAACUAUAUGGGCUAGUCAUAGAAUAUUUGGUGGCUGUAUUUUGUUUUCGGCCGUUAUGAAUUUAUUACUACCAGUUUUUGUUGAGGAGGUUGGCUACAUAGGAACUUGUUGUCUCCGUGGAAUCCAGGGCAUGGGAGAAGGUUUACUGUACCCGGCGUGUUAUGGUCUACUCCGACAUUGGUCUACUACAAAAGAAAGGGGGAGACUUGUUUCUGCCGUGCUUACAGGUAGCUAUGCAGGUGCUAUUAUUGGCUUCCCGAUGGCAGGGUUUAUAACACAUUAUAUUGGCUGGCAGUAUGUGUACUAUGUAUGUGGAGGUGUUUGUAUAGUAUGGUAUUUCAGUUGGUUGUGUUUGGUGUAUGAGAAGCCUUCACAUCACACUUCUAUUAGUGAUGAAGAAUAUAACUAUCUGUGUGAUGCCCAAGGAAGUGACGUAAUCGAUUAUGUUAAUUUAAAAAUACCAUGGGCUCAGAUUUUAACAUCACUUCCCGUUAUAGCCCUCUGUAUAUGCCAUUUUGCCAGAAACUGGAUUUUUGUGUUUAUGUUAACAAAUGAACCAUAUUAUCUCAAUAAUUUUGGAUUUUCUAUAGCAGAGUCCGGUUCCUAUUCUUCAAUACCUCAUAUAGUGAAAGUUUUGGUAGCUUUCGGUAGUGGUUACAUGGCUGACUUGUUACUUCUUCGAUGGUCUCCUACUGUUGUCAGAAAGCUGUUGACCGGUAUAGGGUUCAGUAUCGUAGCCUUGAGUUUCUUUAUCCUAACAUUUUGUGAGACUGGAGUUAGUGCUAUUUUGGUCCUUUGUAUAGCUGCUGGAUUUUUUGCUGUUUCCAUAUCAGGUUGGCAAAUUAAUCACUAUGAUCUCUCAGCUAGAUAUGCAGGCAUCCUGGUCAGUGUCACCUCAGCUUUUGGUACACUUGGUGCUAUUGCCGUUCCCUUGGUAACCGGAGAGUUAACGAAAGAUAGGACUCUUAAUGGAUGGGAUGACAUAUUCUACGUUACCAUGGCAAUAUUUUUAUUCAGUGCACUGGUGUUUGUUAUUUUUGGAUCUGGUAAUGAACAGCCAUGGGCUAGACCACCGCCUAAUAUUGAGUUGGUACAGAAAAUAGACCCUCUUGCCAGAAAGCCAUAUAGGACAUUUGUUCAACAAAAAUCAGCUGAUUCCAAAGACAUCCUGCAAGCAGAAUCUAUAGACGGCAAAGCUCAACAAAAAGAUGAUAAAAUACACGAACUUGUAGAUAGACUGACAGAACAACUCUCAGCUGAAGAAAUCAAAAAAGAUAGUUGAUUAAAUCAAAUACAGCCAAACCUGCCAUAAAGAUCAUCUCUUUUUAGCAGAAACCCGUCUUUACAAGUCCAAUUUAUUAAACAAAACAAGUCCUGCACAAUAAACGUCCGAUUUUACUGAUGUAGUAAUACCUAUAAUCGGCUAUAUAUAUAUGCAUUUUGCAAUUCAAUACCUAUGCAUUUUGAACAUCAAUUCAAAAGUCACUUUUCAUAUCUUUCAUAUAAGGCCAGCUUUCACUUGUAUCAUGAGUGACUUUAAUAUGCAGGGUUGACUGUACACGUAAACUGCAUAUAUCUGUUUUAGUUGGAACAUUUGAUACUCCAAGCAAAAGUAUGUAAAAUGAGUUAAAUUAAUUGUACAAUGUAUGCAUAAGUUGAACAUUUGGUAUUCAAAAGAAACAGUACCCGGCAAUAUGAGUCGUUACCGGUAUCCCCUCAAUAAAUUGUACAAUGUAUCUAUUGAUUUUUAUUUUCAGUGAUAAUUUUUUGGGGUAAAAAAUAUGUAACAUUGGAGUAUGGUCAUACUAGUCUUAUGUCAAACUAAGGAUUUGUGUAUAGUAUACAAAGCAUAAUGUUUAUGUUUGUAAAGAGAGAAUUAGGUGUUAAAUAUUUUUCUUCAAAAUGAAGAAAUUAACCUAGAAAGAAUUCCGGUCCCCUGUUAUGUAUUGAUAUAUCUAAAGUUAAUAAACGAUUUUGUCUUUCUUAAUUAAUAGUAAUAAUCAAAGUUUUAAGUUAAAGAAGGUGUCCACUAUAGAGAAAUCUCUCAGUGUCAAGUUACUGUGAUAGAACUUCGCCCAAAGUUAAACUGUUAUUAUUAAAAAUAAAAAGUUUGAAAAAUAG